AUGGACGGGCCCGCGCGUAAACGGUCACUUAGAGCCUGCGACGGCUGCAGACACCGUCGUAUGAAAUGUGAAGACCUCCAGGUAUCAACAUCAACAGGCAAGUCGACAUGUCGGGUCUGUCGCGAGAACCGCCAAGCAUGCACCUUUGAUGCACCCGUUCGUAAACGCGGUCCGCGCCCAGGAUGGCGACUUCGUGGUUUGUCGUCGCCAGAGUCCACCGCCCUAGAGGUCAAGCAGGACAACCAGAAUGGUGGUCCAAUGCUACCUCAUGCGCGUCCCCACCUACCCUCCUUGGGCCCAGAAAUGGCAGCAGCGAUGGCCGUCGAUGGUCACGAUGAUGACACCGCGUCCCCCCCAGCCAGUCGACAGUCGUCGCGUGCACGCCCUCGCCCACCUCUCCUUGGCCUUCCAACUGGUCUUGUUGACCAACUGCUUGCCGUGUACUUCACACACGUCCAUAAUGUGUGGCCUCUCAUCUACAAGCCGCUGUUUCACCCGCACUCGACAUCGGCGCCCCUCCUUCUUGCCAUGCUCGCCAUUGCUUCCUGUGUUGCACCGCCGGAGACGCAAGACGGGUCUGGUCUUGACAAAGAGAAGCUCUUCCACAUGGCCGAGAGCGCACUUCACCGCUGUCGAAUGGAGUGUCGCAUCGACAUUAUCCAGUCCCUCAUCCUCCUCAGUCUUCGCCAGACGGGCUGCGGCGACAAGCACUCAGCCUUCACCUAUGCUGGUCGGGCUUGCUGCAUGGCUCUCAACAUGGGUCUCAACCUCGCUCCGGCUCAACCCGAGUCGCCUGCUGAGAGCGAGCAGCGUGCCCGCGUCUACUGGAACUGCUAUGUCCUCGACAAGACUCUGGCCGAGGAGACUGGCCGCUCGUUCAUACUCCCUUACCGUCGCUCGAGCACUCCGCUUCCUUCGAUCAACGAAGCCGACGAGUAUGAGACUUGGCCUCCUCUUCCGACAUCAGCUCUCCCACUCCCCAAGAGUGUGCGUCACAUUGUCCCUCGCCGCGGAUACGUCAUGAGCUGCUUCGUGUGGACAUGCCACCUCGCCAUGGUUGUCGAAAACAUUCUCGACCUCGACGACGUCGGACCUCCUGCGCCUACCGACCCGACACACCCGUGGGUCCAGCAGUUUGCAUCCUCGUUCCACAUGGACCGUGGCGACAUUCGAAACAGUGCCGAGCGUAUUUCAAAUCAACUGGAAGGCUGGAGACUUGCCAUGCCCCAAACCCUUGACGUCGACCUCUCGCCCAAUGUCUCGCCUCUGCCCCACAUGGUGGUCGGUCUCGCCUGGUACUACAGCACUCAGAUUCUGCUCCACUCGCGCUUUAUCAAACGCAGGGCCGUCUAUAACCAGCAGGAUGCGUCCGAGGUCGAACUGGCUGCCCGUACACACUCGAUCUGUUCCAAGGCAGCGGAAUCGGUGAUUGACAUGCUCGCCCACCUCGACCGUCACAGGCUUCUCAACUAUACAAGUUCUGACAUUAUACACAUCCUCAGUCUGGCUACACUGUUCGAGGCUUUCGAUGCGAGCGACCCCAACGAGGCUCUGGCCGAGAGAGCCAAAGUCAACUUUGCUCAGUGCUGUAUCUGGCUUCGUGACUGCUCCAGCUCGUGGCCAACGGCAUCCGCACACAAGGUCUUUUUCGAAGGUCUUAUCCAAGGAGGACUCAAGCUCUCGUCCCCAGAGGUCCUUACCGACCUGCAUUCCCAGGCCAUCUCCCCGGGCUCAAACUCGUUUGUGGGCUCACCAACCAUCAGCGAUGGACUGCGCGCCGUUGGUCGCAACCUGUCCAACCCGGACGGCUCCAUGCCCAAGACUUGCCUGCCGCCACUCGGCGUGUCAUCCAUCUUCCAGCUGCCCCAGUUCUACUGGAACCACCUCACCAACGCUCCUCCGAUGUCGGCUGAGCAGCAGGAGCAAACGCUCAACCCGCCUAUGGAUUUCCUCGUUGGGUCGUCUCCCGAGGCGUUCCAGAGCAUGAGCAUGCCCCAGCAACAGUGGUCGAUGGGCCCAGACCAGCACCAUCACCAGCAGCAGCAGCAGCAGCAACAACAACAACAGCAGCAACAACAAAUGCAGCCCGACACCAGCCCCGCAAGCUCGUCCAUGGUCAGCGCUCCGCUCCCGACCAUCAGCGGGCCUUCGCCAGGCAUGUGGGAUACGACCGGCAUGGACCCGAACGUGAGCGGCAACAGCGGCUUCCCCCUCAACGACCAGUCUGCCGUGUACAAUGCCCUGAUGUCGUUCAUGGUGGAAGCUGCACGCGCACGCUGA